ACAACCUUUUUGGGGGUCAUAGACAUGAAAAGUGUGGACUCUCUCUCCAGAGAAAUGCAAUUUGCAACCAUCUUCAGGGUAUUGUACUCUCUGGGGCGCGGGAAUCCUUGCUCUUCCUCUUUAUUGACUUUGUAUCUACAUUGUUAAUGCAGCAUCUCACUUGCGUCAACAUUGUUGAAAGAAGAAGAAAAAAUGCCAGUGCUAUCUCCUGAAAUCAAAUUUGAGACUUCUAACGUCACCAGAAAUUCUCUUGACGGUUGUUUUCUUUUUGAGAGUAGUUGGAGGAAAGCAGUUUUAGAAACACAAAAGAUGAGGAAAGAAUACACCACAGCAUUUGGUCUAGAAGAGUCCAAAGAUUGUGUCAAAAUGCCAUAUUUACCAGGAUUGCAAAGUUGCCAAAAAAGUGUAAGUUCAACUCCACUAGAGGUUCAUAAAAGACUGCUGUGUGCCGAUCCUGAGAUGCCCCCAGUCAGCCGUUCCGGUGAGAACGCGUCGAGUUGCCUGCAAGUGUUUUAUUCUCCUCUGCCUAUUGCACAGCGCCCUGUGAAAGGACAGCCUUGGCAAAGCAGGAUAAAGAAGACGAAGGAAGCAUGCACUGUGGUGCCACUUCAGGAGAAAUCAAAAGGGCUCUUAAGGCAUUCUAAUUCUUCUUCAAUCAAUUUUGAUUCUGGCUUCAGCGAUCCUCUCCCUGGAGCGUCAUCUCAGUACUUACAGAGGCUUUCCAAAAUGGCCAUAUUGGAGUAUGACACCAUCCGUCAAGAAACAGGCAGAAAAUCAAAAAAGGGCAAGAAACGCGAGCGAGACUGCUGACUAGUAUCAUACGCUGUGAUGCUUUCUUCGCUGACUUUUAAGGUUUAUAUAUUUUUUUCUUUUUUUCUUGAUAUGUGAUAUGAUGUGCAAUGAUUUACACACAAAUGGAAAUGUAAAUAGGAAAUAAAUAUUUUAUGUUGCAGAAUAAUUUGCAUUUUGUUAACAUUAUAAAGAGACGUUUAAGUUACAGUUUACGAGGACAUAAGCAUAAGAAAAAUUAUAUUCCAUGAAUUUUAUGCACAUUGAUUAUAUUUUUUGAUUCAAUUUGAUAAAUGUUUUUUGAGUGCCUGUGUGUACCAUGAGCUUUGCUAGGAGCUGCAGAAGAUUCCAGAAAAAGUGAGUUCUUAUUGUUGGGGUUAGAAGGCGCCCUAACUUGAACCCCUCCUUCUCCCUGUUUGAGUUUGAAAACAGUUGUGAGAUAAGUAUUGAAGCAGAUGAGACUCUUAGCUUUGUUUACUGAUAAAACCUGGAAGGGAAGUCCUGGUUCAAUGUGUGGCAACUGUGGCCUCCUCAUCCUGAACUUUCCACUUGGGCAAAUGUACACGCCCAGGUAGUGCCAACAACCUCAGGCUCACCUGCCGAACCAAGACCUUUACUGCCAAGCAGAGCAAGGCAUCUCCACCGUGUAGACAGGCAGAUCCAGGAGGGGAAAGUAGGUGGGGAGAGACUCACUCCAUCUCUGUGGGGAGGAGAAGGAAGGUCUCAGUUAAGAGGAAAACCAUUCUUCAGGAAAGCCUGAGGGGUGGGGGAGAAGUAUUUGUCUAUACACGUCCCUGAGAAACGGGGAGAAUCAAGGAUACCAAUGGCUGUGAUCCAGUGGAGAGUGGGAUAUGGGUCAUAACAGAACCAGAGUGUUACAGAGGUUCAAAAACAGGGCAGCAACAUCCAGGGGGUCAGAGAAAGCCUCAUGGAAGAUGUAGUGUUUAAAAUGGGCUUUAAAGACAGGAAAGAUAGAGGGAGAGGGCAUUUCUUGAAACAUGGAAUAAUAUAAGCAAAGACACACUAUGCAUUUGGGAAUGGUGCUCUUGGCUGGAGUACUAGGGAGUAUGGUACAAGAGUCAUAAAUUCACAGGCCUACAGGCACCAUGCCAGGACCAGAUUGAGUGACACGAAUCAGAUGCAGGUGAACUGGAGCGUGUGUCUCCAUUUAAAAGGGCACUCACUGCCUCCCUUCAGCCCUUGGUGUCAUGCAGGAAUGUGGGCCCAAAGUUGCCAAAUAUUCUAACUUUUCCUGAGAAGCCAGACUCUGGAUUUUUAUGUUAAACCUUCCAAUGUAUAAAUGGUAGCAAUUAAUUCAAAAUAAGUAAUUUAAAAUUUAUAAAGCCAGUGUGUAGGCCAAAGAAAAUUAUAUGCAAAAUCUAGAUCUGGCUUUGUGGAGCCAUUCUUUUGUGCAAACUCAGGGUCAAAGGAAUUGAGGGCAAUAGGGCUCAAAAGAUAAGUUGAUGAUAGCUGGUCGAGAAUCACAGAUGCCAAGCAAGAGUUUGUACUUCCUCUGUUUCACAGUGGGAGAUUUUUGAGAAUGAAAUUAAAUUACUGCUUUUAGGAAGAUUCAUCCAGGUAUAAUUUGUAGGCUGGAUUGUAAUGGGAGGAGUCUGGGGGUAGGGAAAGCACUUAGGAGGUUUUUAUAAAAAUUGAGGUAAGAAUCUCUCAGUGGAAAGAUAGAGACAGGCAUAGGAAGGAGAGACUAAAUCAUGAGGCCAUCAAGGCAAAGGACUUAAAGUCAACUGCUUAGACAUAGGGUAUCGGGAGAGCAAGAAUCAAAACUGGCUCAUUUCCGCCUUUAGACCUAAGGUUCUCAGGGGGCGAUGCUAGGUUUGGGGAAUAAGAGGAUGAGUGCAAGCUCGGGUGUAUUCAAUUUUAGGUGCCAUCAGAACUGCCACAUAGAGAUGCCAAACAGGUAGUUGAAAAGUAGGUAGGUAGUUCCGGGAAAAUGGCACUGCCUAGAGUUAGAACUUUGAGAAACAUUUUCAUAGCAAAUCCUCUGUUUUCUCCGAUAACAAAGUGGAGAGAGAAGGAAGCCCAAAUUUAUAAGGAAUGGGAGGAAAUAGGAAGAAGACAAAAGUAGGAGAAAGAAGAAAAGAAGCCAUCACAGAUGUAAGAGAAUAAACAUAUUCUCUGUCCUUGCAUGCUUUAUAUUAAUGUAUAGAAUGCAAUGUUAAUAUGUGUUUGUAUGAAUUAUCAUGAUGCAUUAGUUCCUAGGGGGAUAAAUAAACCUAAAUGGAUA